CAUUACUACAAAAUACAGAUAAUAUAGACUCUUAUCUUAAUUGUCCAUGUUCUAUGUAUACAUUGACAAUCGUACUGUACGAUGUACUUCGUGUCUACGUACAGGCUUUAGUAACCAUCUCGUUGUCGUCCGUCACUGAAUAACGUCUUAAAAAUUGAUACUUUAAAAUUUUAAUUUUUCCUUUUUUAUUAAUAAGUAAAAAAUUACUAAUAUGAACGCUGAUGAAUUUUCUCAAAAAAAUAUCAACCAUCCAAUUUUUGAUGGAACAUUUUUUACUAUUAAGAAAAUCGAAAAUGAUAAUGUUCGAGCUCUUUGUAUUUUGUGCAAUAACGAUAAGGCUGUGAUUUCUGGUUCCAUUCAAGCCAACUCAAAUUUUCGGACUCAUAUUAAGAGAAUACAUAAAGAUAAAUUCGAAGAUUUCCAAACUCAUUUAAAGUCACAACCAAAAUCAUCUAAACGAAAAAUAUGUAGUGACGAUACCGUUUCUUCUCCAGUAUUAAAACAAACAAAAUUAAUAAACGGAUCAAAAUUAUCCACUUCUAAACAAAAUACACUCGAUUCAAAUAUAAUAAAUAAUAAUAAAUUUUUAAAUGUAAUUGGUAAUUCAAUUACAAUGGCGUUGGUACAACGUGGACUGAAUCCACCUAAAGUAUUAGAAUUGGUCACCUAUUGCAGGCUUUUGGCCAUAGCCAAACCGUAG